CCUCACGCCACUACCACCACCACCACCACUACCACCAUCAUCAUCACCGCUGCUGCCAUGUCUGACCAAGCUGGAGAAGCUGUCCCUGCCGCCCAGCGCAGCAGCUGGACAUCGUUUCUCAAAACGAUCGCCUCUUUUUCUGGGGAUCUCUCAUCGAUGACUGCACCGCCGUUUAUCCUCUCGCCCGUGUCCCUGACUGAAUUCCCUGCAUACUGGUGUGAACGACCAGAAUUGUUUGCGGCCAUUGCGGAUGCGACGACAGACGAAGAGCGCGCGCUUGCUGUACUCAAGUGGUUCGUCAGCACCCUCAAAGGCCAGUAUACCUCACGAAAUGAAUCCAUGGGCUCUGAGAAAAAACCAUUGAAUCCGGUUCUUGGAGAGUUGUUCUAUGGUCAAUGGCCUGAUCGAAACGGACGUGGCCAGACGGAUCUACUGGUUGAGCAAGUAUCACACCAUCCACCGAUAACCGCGUAUGUUAUCCAGAACAAGAGCAAGGGUGUCAAGCUUGUGGGACACAACGCCCAGAAGACCAGCUUCAGUGGAGGUUCUAUCAUCGUCAAGCAAAUUGGACAUGCCAUCCUUACCGUAACGCCUCCAUCCGGAAAGCCCAUAGAGUAUCUUAUCACGCUCCCUCGUUUACGAAUAGACGGCUUGUGGUACGGCUCACCCUAUAUCGAGCUUGCAGAAAAUACCUACAUCAUCGGAGGCAACUACGUCGCGACGAUCGAUUACAAAGGCCGGGGCUACUUCUCUGGCAAGUCUCACUCGUUCAAGGCCAUUCUUACUCCAGCACCUGGAUGUGGUGGGGCCGGGAAAGAUCACGUCAUCGAAGGGCUGUGGCAUACGACUAGCAAGUUUAUUGGUGGUCCUCGAUCCGGGAAGGAGUUCCACGACGUCACGGGUCCCAAAGAGGAGGUGACGGCUAUAGGUGGUGAGGAAGGUGGGGAGAUGGGCGAGUUUGAGACGAGAAAGUUGUGGAAUCUUGUGGCGAAGGGUAUUAGGGAAGGUGAUUUCGAUCUGGCGAGCAGGGAAAAGACGAAGAUUGAGAAUGAUCAGAGGCAGAGGAGGAAGGACGAAGUGGCGGCCCAGACCACCUGGAAGCUUAAGAAUUUUGAGCAUAUCGAUAAUGAUCCUACAUAUGAACGACUAGGAAGGAUUGCCAGGAUCAGUCCUCCCACGGAAGACGCAUAUGUCUUCCAAGAUAGUUGGCCCGCAUCUGGUUAGACAGUUCGAAGGCUGUGUACAUUCUACUGCUAGCGUAAAUAUUCAUGGCGUUGUAAUUGGAGAGCUCUAUAUACCUUUCUGGACUGUCGUUUACUCAUAUAAUAGAAGGAAAGUACAAUUGCAUCUUUUGAGAGUAAGUGCUCGAUAUUUACUAUAUGUCUCGAAGAUCUAGAUAAGUCGCUCUGUAACAUCGAGUUAACGUUAAAGAUAUAAGAUGGAUAGAUACUUAGAUAACCGGUCUAAAUCCCAGAACGUGUCACAGACCACAAUCCCUCAUGCCGCUGUGAUAUCUUCAGUCACCAGCCAAGAACAUCUCACGGAUUUGAGGGAAUUGCAGGGACAAGUGAAUAUAUCACAGAAAAUAUGUAUAAUAUGUACCAUGUACAGACAAGGCACCGACAUCCUAGACUCGCCUUUGUACACUUGACGUUGCAAGCAAGGAACUGUGAUCAGAGAAACGGUCGCCAGUCUACCG